GGCCGCGCGCCUCAAGAGGAUGGUGCGCCGGGCGGCAGAGCUGCUACUGCUGCUGGGGCUGCUGCUGCUCACGCUGCACAUCACGGUGCUGCGCGGUUCGGGAGCUGCCAACGGGCCCGACGCGGCUGCCGGCAACUCCAGCCGGGCCCAGCUGCAGAAUAACCUCAACGUGGAAAGUGACUCUACAUUAGAAACCAGUUUUCCUCUCUCCAAAGAAGCACCAGGGGAGCAUCAAGACCACCAGGCUGCACACCAGCCCUUCCCCAGACAGCGAUUCCAACAAGAGACUGGGCAGCCUUCAUUGCAAAGAGAUGGUCCUACAUCUUUUCUUCUUGACCUUCCAAACUUUCCAGACCUUUCCAAAGCUGAUAUAAAUGGGCAGAAUCCAAAUAUUCAGGUCACCAUAGAGGUGGUCGACGGUCCUGACUCUGAAGCAGAUAAAGAUCAGCAUCCGGAGAAUAAGCCCAGUUGGUCAGUCCCAUCCCCCGACUGGCGGGCCUGGUGGCAGAGGUCCUUGUCCUUGGCGAGGACAAACAGCGGGGACCAGGACUACAAGUACGACAGUACCUCAGACGACAGCAACUUCCUCAACCCCCCCAGGGGGUGGGACCGUCCGGCCCCAGGCCACCGGACUUUUGAAACCAAAGAGCAGCCAGAAUAUGAUUCCUCAGACGGUGAGGGUGACUGGAGUCUCUGGUCUGUCUGCAGCGUCACCUGUGGGAAUGGCAACCAGAAGCGGACUCGGUCUUGUGGCUAUGCAUGCACUGCAACAGAAUCAAGGACCUGUGACCGUCCAAAUUGCCCAGGAAUUGAAGACACUUUCAGGACAGCUGCCACUGAAGUGAGUCUGCUUGCGGGAAGUGAGGAGUUUAACGCCACCAAACUAUUUGAAGUUGACACGGACAGCUGUGAGAGGUGGAUGAGCUGCAAAAGUGAGUUUUUAAAGAAGUACAUGCACAAGGUCAUCAAUGACCUGCCCAGCUGCCCCUGCUCCUACCCCACUGAGGUGGCCUACAGCACCGCCGACAUCUUUGACCGCAUCAAGCGCAAGGACUUCCGCUGGAAGGACGCCAGCGGGCCCAAAGAGAAACUGGAGAUCUACAAGCCCACGGCCCGAUACUGCAUCCGCUCCAUGCUAUCCCUAGAGAGCACCACGCUGGCUGCCCAGCACUGUUGCUAUGGUGACAACAUGCAGCUCAUCACCAGGGGCAAAGGGGCGGGGACGCCCAACCUCAUCAGCACGGAGUUCUCAGCUGAGCUCCACUACAAGGUGGACGUCCUGCCCUGGAUCAUCUGCAAGGGCGACUGGAGCAGGUAUAACGAGGCUCGGCCUCCCAACAACGGGCAGAAGUGCGCGGAGAGCCCUUCUGAUGAGGACUACAUUAAGCAGUUCCAGGAGGCCAGGGAGUAUUAAAGAGACUGGGAGGAGAUGGAGAGAUGCCAUCUCUGCUUUUGUGACACAGACACACUGCACUGAUCUGCUGACCGGCGCCAUUCUUAGUCACAUAUGUGUAUAGUUGUAUAUACCACAUGAGUAUUUUCAAAAAUGACUCCAGGGUGUGCGCCAGGCCAGUGGAACUGCCAUCUGAAGCCACCAUUGCCAUCUGCGAUAGCCUACAGACCCGUUUAGAAGUCUUCCUUGGGGACAAGGGGGCAGGAGGAUGGGGACAAUAAAGAAGCCAGAAAAAGAUCCUGGAGCUAUAGUGGGUGUGGUUCAAUUCAGACCGGAACGGGUGUUUCCAGAAGAAGUGAAGGGAGAAAGAGAUUGAAAUUGUAAACAUUAUAAGCAGUUUUAUAUAUAACUUAUUUAAUACAAAUGUGACUUAAGCAUAACCUUUUCUCUGGAGUUGUCAUUCUGAAACUGUUAAAUCGCUUCUGUGAGAAUUCAGAAAAAAAGAGGCUUAGGAAAGUGGAAGAGAAAGGGAAUUUUGCAAUGAUUUUGCUAAAAAUAAAUAACAAGAAAAUGCCUACCUGAAGCUAAAUGUUACUUAGUCAUAAGGCACCUUGUAGAGUCUCAGAUUCCAAAGUUCUCUUGCCUCAGACUGGGUAAGGCAUGAGGAAUAUGCAAGGGGUAAGUACUUUAGAAGCAACCUGAGGCUUCAUUUUAAAUGAGCUUUAAAAUAAAAGACCAAUAUUAGCAUAAUACCAUGAGUCUACCAAAAGAACUAAAACAGUAGAAUUUUUGCUCCUGUCUUAGUAGGUUCAGAAGACUGCAGGAAGUUCGGACGUAAAAACAGUAAUAGCACUUUUCUAAAGAAAAAUAUAUAUAUAUUGAGUUGUCAGAAAAGCCAUGAUGUGCUUUUCUAUGCAAAAACACAUCAUGCCUUCUGACAGCCCAAUAAAUGGGAAAAGAAUAUGGCCUUCAUUUCAUCUAUUUGAUCUUAUUAUCAACUCAACAUUUUUUUUUCUCUACCAAAAUAAUCCCAUUAAAAAAAUAGAAAAAGAAGCGAUGUGGCUCAAGUCUGGGAAAUCUUAAAAUUUUUAUAUUUUAAAAAAGGGGAAAAAACUGCAUUAUUUUUGUAAAGUAUUUAUUGAGUCAUUGGAUCUUGUACAUCAAGCAACUGUAAUAUGACUUGGUUCUGUAGCAUGGAACUUAGGACAAAUAAAGAGUUGAUUCUUAAGCAAUUUUUGACUUACAAAACUCCAGAAAAAAGAAUAUAUAAUAAAAAAUCAUAAUAAACUGUA